AUGAACGCUCGUCUUCUCCCCAACGCGCCAACUGCGCGAUUGACGUCUCUAUCUUUACCCUCUUCUUCUUCUCCUUCCUCCUCGUCGGCGUCUUCUUCUUUGUCGUCGAGACAUUUUCAUACGAAUGGAUUUCUUUCUCGAGAUUCUCGAGCGAGACGACGACAACAACAUCAACAAAGGAAUCAUCGUUUAAACAACAAACGCGUCUCCUACGCCUCCGACAACUACGUCAAAAAUGUCGCUUCGGUUGAAACGCGAGUUCCACUCAAGAUCUGCUGGCAAUUGUGGCAAGAUCGAACCAGGAUUCCGAAUUGGAUGCCUUGGAUAGCAAAAGUGGAAUACGACGACAUAGACAAGACGAAAACCAAGUGGAUUUUAGAGACCGAACAGUUUGGUCAAAAACUUCAAUUUUCUUGGACGGCGAAAGACUUGGAACCGGUGGAAUACGAGCGAAUAGCCUGGAAGUCCGAGGACGGUUUAAGAAAUAGAGGAUCCGUCACGUUCAAAGACGUUGGAAACAAUAGCACGAAGAUAGAAAUGAUGAUCGAAUACGAGGUUCCUGCGGUAUUGAAACCAGUCGGAGAACUCGUCAGCCCGCUCGUCGGCUCCAUCAUAGGAAAAGACUUGGAACGAUUCGACGAGUUUGCGCGCAAAGUCGAGAAGCAGUUGUUGAAAAAGUAA